AUGACCCAACAUCCCCAACCUACGAAUGUCCCCGCUGAAGCAAAUGCGGUUUCCGCAUCUUGCUGCACAACUUGUGACUGUUGUGAUGAGAUGCACUGUGGCCAUACCUCUUUUGUUGUGGAUGAGGUGAAGACUUGCGGCACCACUGGAAAAGUGUGUAUGCCGUCGUGCUGCGUCGAUUUGGUUGCUCGUGCGGUGCUUCGCCUCCUGCAAGACCAUGACCAAUCUGCUGAAAUUCGCAAGAUGAUCCAUGCCAUCAUAUUCGAGGAAUUGUAUGUUGGACAACAUGUGUCAGAAUUGCCUAAGGUACAUGUUGCAGAAAGAGGUGGUGUUUCGUACAUCACGAUCCCAAGUGACGACUUGAAUGUUGAUGCAGAGGGUGAUUGA